GACUCGGACCGGAACACGGCGGAAUCUGGAACUAACCGGAGUGCGGCUAACUUCACAGCAAAACAAGCGCCCGAUAUUUGAUGAUUUAAGCGGGAUAAAUUCAUUCAUUCAAGGGUUGUAGGACUAAUGUAGCGAUUUCUGGGAAAGCGGGGUAAUAUGGACGUCUAGGGGAAAGUAGACAAAGGAAUACAAAUUUGGGAAAAGCAAUCUCUUUUGACAAGUGAAUAAAAAAUUGUUGUUGCUGAGGUUAUGUACUGAUGUUUCAAUAGAAUUGUGUUAUUUUCUUAGAGACCAAUUAGGGAUGAGUGAAAUAGUUAGAAUGUUUUUUUGUUAGUUAAAUUCGGGGUAGAGUCGUUUGAAAAUAAAACUCCGCAUAUCUGAUCCCGAGGGCGCCCUAACCUCGGUUUGUCCCUCAUAUCGAGAACAAUUUUUUUAAGGGGGAUAUAUCAACGAAAAUUGGCUCAUACCAGAAAGAGACAUCAUCAAUGCAUCCAUCAAGUACUAGGGAACAGUAAUGGCUUAUUAUUCCCAGAUACGUGACGAUAGCUUCGAUUAUGGUCUGGAUAAAGUCGUCGAGAAGCAGAAUUCAAUCAUAGAAAUUGAUUCGUCAGACUCGUCCAGCUCCCCACAGAAGAGUAGUAAAAAGAAAUCAGAUCAAUCCAGGCCAAUCUAUAUACACGACUCCCUGGAGGAUCGUAUCCUGGAAAACUUUUCAGUAAUCGAUAGUGAAAAGGAGAACUGCACCCCAGACAAUCCCCGAAAGACUGCCCCCGGUGAUCUAUCGAUGGAGGUUCGUCGAGACAUCGAUCAAUCCACCAAAACCGAGAAGUUCACCCCAAAGAAGCCUUCCCUGUCGCUCAGGUCUCUCUCCCAAAAGUUCAGUGCAGCAAAGAAAGAUGCGAAUCCCAAAUGUUCAGGUCCGAGGCCUCCGGCAAGCGUGCAAUCCAGAUUUAUCGAGGACUCAGACGACGAGGACAUGUCUACCUCAAAGAACUCCCCCCCAAAGAAGAACUCAUCUCCCCCCCAUCAACUUAGUCCGAAAAAGGCAAGACCUCGACUGCCUCAGUCAUCUCCAAGGAGUCCCUCUUGGAAAGGUUCAGAUCCGAAGGUGAACCUGGCGCCCCUGGGUCUCGAUCAACAGUUGAACCGUUGGAUGGCGUCACUAAAGCAGAACCCAGCGUUGAAAGCCACCCCCACAAACGUCUCUCACCUUAACAACCAGAGGACCAGCCUCCAGGACUUGGAAAUUGAGAUUCUGGAGAAGUUCUACACCGCUAUGGGGAAGAUUCCCACGCAGGUGCUUGAAAAAUUUCCUCAGUUCGACGCCGAGGUCUUCACUCAACUCAAAAUCCUUCGUCAGCACGUGAAAGCGAAGUAUCGUCGUGUCACCAGACAACUGGAGUCGAUGGAGUUCAACUCAGAGGGGCAGAUCUCUCUAAACAACAGUAGUGAUGAUGGGGAUGUAUCACUGAUCGAAGCUGGAGAUGAAAAACCACUGAAGGAUAAGUCCCCUUCUGUCGACGAGUUCAAGUCGUCCCCGAGAAAUCAACGAUUGGCGACGUUGACCCUCGGCUAUACCAGGGAGAGCAACGCCAAGACGAAGAAUAAAUAUGAAAUCCCAAGUGACGAUGACCUGGCCACGUGCCUCCCUUCAACAUCAUCAGAGAAUCGUGAGGCUUGCAGGUUGAAUCCAAAGGGGCGGAGCGUGAACGGUUUCGUGGCGACAGCAGACAGCAAGAGAUCAUGUCCAUCGACUCCAGUGUCUCCAAGAUUUGAGCCAGAGAGCGAUGGAGCCUCGACCCCUGAGGUUACCUCCGAGAAGUCAAGACCUGACUUGAUAACGCCGCCAGUGAAGAAGAGUGGCUUCCAGAUGAAGCUUCCAGUGAAGGCCCAAAUGGCGCCCCAGACAACGCAGCAGCUGAAGGCCCUCUGGGAGAAGCGCCAGCCGGCGAAGAACGAGUCUCCCGAGAAGAUAACCACCCCAAAGAGGCCAGAGAAGUCCCCACCAGCUCCCAAAGAGAAGACACCAGUCAGAAAACCAACGAUCGACAUCGACGAGGAGCUCCGAGCCUACGAGAUGAUGAAACAAAUGUCUGUGGACCUGGCUGACGUUAGCACCAGCUUCCAGUACCCGUUGGAGCCUCCAGACUCGCCGGAGCUCGUGGAAAAGCUUCUCUCCAUGGAGACUGUCAAGGAGAAGACCAAUCCUUCGACGAGCUCUCAAGUCUCAAGUGCCUCGUCGUCUAUGUCAGGUACCAGCACGCGGUCUGAGAAGCCCAGUUUCGAGUUGGGGGAUUUCCUGGGGAAUGUGAAGAAUGACGCGAUCACCGGAGACUUCGAUGGCAUCUCCUACCCUCACUCCAACGAAAUGAUGAAAAUAUUCAGGAAGACUUUUGGAUUGUUCACAUUCAGGACGAAUCAACUGCCAGCGAUUAACGCUGCGAUGUUGAAUCACGAUUGUUUCAUCCUCAUGCCCACAGGUGGUGGUAAAUCCCUGUGUUAUCAACUACCUGCAUUGCUGACAAGGGGCCUGACGGUGGUCGUCUCACCCCUGAAGAGUUUGAUAAACGAUCAGGUGCAGAAGCUGGUAUCACUGGAUGUGCCAGCUGCUCAUCUUCUGGGUGGCUCCAGUGAGAAUCACGUCCACGCCGUCUACAGGGAACUAGCCCUGGAAGCGCCCAACCUCAAGCUCCUGUACGUGACCCCUGAGAAAAUCGCAGGCUCCGACAGAUUUGUUUCACUUCUCACGCGCCUUUACCGGGCAAAGCUGUUGGCGAGAUUCGUCAUCGAUGAGGCGCACUGCGUGAGCCAGUGGGGCCACGACUUUCGUCCUGAUUAUAAAAAACUCAAGGUCCUGAGGACGAACUACCCCCAGGUGCCGAUCAUGGCGCUGACCGCGACGGCUACGACUCGUGUCAGAACAGAUAUUCUACAUCAACUGGGCAUGACCAAACCCAAGUGGUUCCUCUCGAGCUUCAAUCGGCCUAAUCUGAUGUACACGGUUGUCGAAAAAAAGGGUAAAGAGGGCCUCCUGAAGAUCAUCGCCCUGAUCAAGGAGAAAUACAAAAACGAAUGUGGGAUCGUUUACUGUUUAUCGAAAAAAGAAUGCGACGAUUAUGCUGAACAGCUGAAGAUUAACGGUAUCCGGGCGACGAGCUAUCACGCCGGUCUCGGGGACAACAGGAGGAUGGAGGUGCAAGCGAGGUGGAUUGCUGAGGAGAUUCAGGUCGUUUGUGCCACAAUUGCAUUUGGAAUGGGCAUUGACAAGCCAAACGUUCGUUUUGUCAUUCACGCAGUUCUCCCUAAAUCGAUCGAAGGGUACUAUCAGGAGAGUGGUCGUGCUGGCCGUGACCUUGAUAAAUCGGAUUGCAUUUUGUUCUACAGUUACGCAGACGUUCACAGACUCAGGAAGAUGGUGGAGAUGGAUCGACCACCGGCUAACGUCUACGAAACUCAUAUGGAGAAUCUUUACAAAAUGGUUGCGUUCUGUGAGAACAAGACGGACUGUCGUAGAUCGCUGCAGUUGAAUUAUUUCGGGGAGAAAUUCGAUCGAUCCAAGUGCGGGAUAAUCAAGGAGGCCAUCUGCGACAACUGCAGGAGCACCGAGGCUUUCACGGAAGUCGAUAUCGCUAACGAUGUAAAGGCCAUCAUCAAGGCUGUGCAGUGUAUUAAGGGGACCGGGGGACAUAUCACGGCUCUUCAGCUGGCGAGUGUUUUAAAAGGGGCUGAUCUGAAGCAAAUCAGGGACUCGGGGACUAAUAAACUAUCGAUUUACGGCCUGGGGAAGGCUUGGAACAAGAGUGAUGUCGAGAGAUUGGUGCACAAACUGGUGAUCGAUGGACUUCUGGAGGAGGAGAUGAUUAUAAAGAACGACAUGACUGCGGCUUACCUCAGGCUCAGUAAGAAAACGAUGGAGUUCAUGAGGUCGAAUACGAAGUUCAUGUUCCCUAUGAGACGCGCGACAAAGGCGUCAUUGACUGUCAGUGUGACUCCAACAAUAAAACCGGCUGAUAUGGGCAUGAAGAAACUCCAGGACGAGUGCUUUGCACUACUCAUGAGGGACAUCAAGGGUUACGCUGGGGCUAUUGAUGUGUCUGUUAAUACGGUGAUGAAUCCCAUUGCUGUCAGGAUCAUGAGCCAACAGAUGCCCACCACCAAGGAAGCUAUGAUGCAGAUUCCUCACGUUACGGAGUCCAAUUUCGCGAAAAUAGGAAAGGUAUUGCUGCACAUUUUGAAGGACUUUGCCGAGAAGAAGGCUGUCCUGGAAGCUGCACAGGCUGCCGAGAAGGAGAUGAGCAGUGAGAGUGAUUUUGAGGCGACGUGGUCAACAAGUGUCAGCUCUCGUGGAGGCACGAAGAGGAAGAGCUAUAGGUCCAAGGGGAGCAAUGCCAAAAGGUACAAAGGUAAUACUUCCGGGUCGAGCAGAGGGAGUUACUCGGGUAAGAGAGGGGGGAAAUCCACCAGGGGAAGGGCCCCAGCUGCGGGCCCAGGACUCGUGGAUUUUACGCAGAAUAAACAAUUCCUCGCGGAUCCACUGCGAUAUGGAUCGAUCUGAUUUCCUAAUGAAGACUCUAUUUUUUGUUUGUUUGUUAGUCCUUUAUGAUGAGUUAGUGUCCAGAGAUGUGUCGUGAGGGCUCAGGCCAAGUGUCCAUAUGUAUUAUAUUGGAUAAGGAUCUCGAGAUUUUGUUUUAAGGAUCGUCGUUUUAUAUUUUUCUAUCUGAAUAAUAAAUUACAUUCUUGAUGAAUAAA